GAUCAACGAGAAAAUGGCAACGAUAUAGAUAAACUUUGGUUUACCAUUGAAAACAAAAUGUGUACUCUUCAGAUAGAUAAAGAAAGAAUGAAUUUGGAAAUUCUUCAGAUUAAGGGAAUUGCUCAAGCUACAAGUCAAAGCCAACUACAUUGA